AUGGAUGUGCCUUGGAAGUACUUUGUUUAUAUUUUGAUAGUAUCUCAUAUCAAUCUGAGUAUUUUCUAUGUUGAUGUUUAUGGUAUUUUUGCAUCAGAGUCUGAGCACUGCAUUAGCAGAAAUUCUGAAAUAACUUGCAAUUAUAUACCGGCGGAUAUUCCAGAUGGUACCAUGUCAGUUAACCUCAGAAACAUAUCGGAUAGAAAAUUGAGGAAAGGAUUAUUUUCAACAUAUAAAUGGGGACAAAUAAAAAACCUGGAAAUCUCUGCAAGUACUGACUGGCUUGUAGAACAUGACACAGUUAGAAUUUUCGAUUCGUUUUGUUUCUUCGGAUUAAAAAGUUUGGAAAUGUUACGUAUAGGAAUAGCAGAGAAUAUAACAUUAGCAUCUGACUCAUUAAUUGGACUAAAAAAUCUAAAACAUUUAGAUUUGACUGGUUGCCGGCGGUUAUACUUGGAAGAGGUUCUGAAUGCGAUUGACGACAAUAAUGAUGUAGCAAACUUGCAGAGUCUAAACCUAGCUCUUCUUAAUAGUUACCGAGCCGAACGGUCAUGUCCAAAUCUCAAAUCCAUUGAUACCAGUUAUGUAGUAUUUCCAUCUAAAGUGAUGCCUAUAAACGGACAAUCAAAAAUAGUUGAACAAAAUGCAAAUGUAGCCAUGAAUUUUAAUUGGAUAAGGUCAAUACGUUUUCUGCAAAAUAUCCGUAGUUUAAAUCUGACAAGUGUUUUACCAAAAUGGAUAACGUAUUCCAUUGACAACGUAACCAUGAAUGUGUUUGGAGCCAAUAGAUUUAAGUUAGAAGUCCUAAGAAUUGGUAACAACAGUUUCGAGAGAAUCGAUCUAAAACUCAAUAUACCGGGCUGUCCUUUUGUGAAAUUAGAUUUCUCGGGAUGUAAUGUACGUUAUCUCCACCCGAAAGCCAUUUCAAGUUUUCGAUUAUUAUCAGACAUUGAUCUUUCUAGAAACAAACUAAGCAGCAUGAUGGUAGAAGAUUACAACUUGUUCGAAAAUAUUUUCAAAAAUCUAACCAAUCUACAGUCUAUACGUUUGUCUUUUAAUGAAUUAACAGGACUGCCAAAAUACAUUUUCGCAUAUAAUUUAAAACUUGAAUUAAUAGACUUAUCAGAUAAUCUGAUAACUAAACUGUCAUUUGAGGUAAAACACUUGAAGCUACUCAGGAUAUUAGAUGUCAGGAAAAAUAGGUUACAAGUCAUUGAUACUGCCACGUUUAAUACAUUUGAUAAUGUUAAAUUUCUACUACAAGGUAAUCCAAUUCAGUGUUCUAAAUGUUGGUCACUUGCUUUUAUUAACUGGCUCAAGAACUCCGCAUAUAAUUCAGACAUUAAAUGUGAAAACAAGGACUCUAAGGAAGUAUUUAUUAAUGAUAACACCAUAGGUGAAUUACAAGAGAUAUGUAAUAGAGCAAAAAUCAUAAUCGUAGUAUGUAGUGCAUCUGUUCUUGCAUUAGUGUUAGUGGUAGCAAUUAUAUUAAAAAUGAGGAGAUACAAACAACAACGACAAUAUCAACUUGAAAUGGAGGAUCGCAUUGCUCUCAUUAGAGAGGGGGCUGACGAUAACAAAUUUGUCGUGUUUCUUUCAUACAGCAGUAACGACGAUGAUUUUGUCAACAGAUAUAUUUUCAAUCAGAUAAAUGAGAACCUUAAGCAAAAGGUAGGGAAAGACCAUAACCUUGUUUGUAUAGGAGACAAACAUUUUGAAAUCGGCAAACCAAUUCCAGAGCAAAUAUCAAGGUUUCUUCAUAAAUCAUCUGUAGUGGUGAUUCUUUUAACCGAUCAUUACAGCCAAAGUGUUCAUUGCCGAAAUGAAUUCGAUCAAGCAACCUUGUUGGAAAAGCCUAUCGUAUUAAUGGUAAAGGAUGAAAUUAAUAGAGAGUUGAUGAAUCAUCAAAUGAGGGAUUUAUACGAACACAGAACGCGCAUUUUGUUUGCGCAAGAAAAUGGCGAGUAUGUACUGAAAACGUCCUGGGAGAAUGUGUGUACAUCUAUCAUCGAGCUUGUUAAUAUUGGAUAG